AUGGUGGAGAGUGGGAAAACCUUAAGAGAAUCAGGAGAGGGCUCUCAUUCUCAACAGCCUCUCUCCCUCUCUCUCUCUCUCAUCGACGGCUUCAAUCGCAACUGCACCUUGUCCACCAAACAGAGGUUUUAUGGCUUCGCGAUUUGCUUGGCUGCUGGAUUGACUUGUACACUCAAGAGAAGAAAAACAUCUGAUAACUCUAAAAUUGUAUAUUGCUACUGGAAGGACCUGGAAAGAUGCUUUCGUGCUAGGACCAGAAAGCGGUGGAGAUGGCAUGCUAGGACCUCCUACUGGUUAGUCCACAUUUCAACCUCAUCUUGUGCUCUGUUAGAUACAUCUAUAUGUAUUGAUUUGCAAUUCUAGUGUGAUAUAUGUAAGAAAAGAUAUUCAAGGUAUACUAUGAAAGCAAAUGUACGUAAGAAUGGCUCAUGAGCAGCAUUAUCUAGCCCUGCAUUUUGAUUCUAUAAUGGUUACAUAUGAAAGUAGUUAUUGUUCUCCAUGUGCGUUGCUCAUAGUAUGUUGCCUGUGAGCUAUGGCCUUUCGUGUUCAAAUUACUUGCAUCUCUUCUCACUACAGUAGUAAGUAUUAGUAUCAGUAAUGGGAGCCUUUCGUGUUCAAAUUACUUGCAUCUCUUCUCACUACAGUAGUAAGUAUUAGUAUCAGUAAUGGGAGCAUCUUAUGUAUAUAAUUGCUUUGUUUGACAUUGAAUUUCUUUAUGGCACGACCCACCCCAAAUUUCACCCUGAAACCCAGAGUAAGUCAUGCGGGGACCAACUCUAAGGAAAAUUUUACCGAAAAAUCGGCAUAACCUCCUUUGAAAAUGGACAACCCUUCCUAAUAAUACCUGCAAACACUUCUGAAAAUUUAAAUCCAACAUUAAACUCCUGGAGCCUCCGUGCUCCCCAAAUCACAACACCACCCAAAUUAUUUACUAAUCUAAACAAAUCUCAUAUCCAACCAUUUAUAGGUUCAGAGCAACUCUAACA